CAGGGAACUUUCAUCUCGAAACCCAUUCGGAUAACUUUUGCAGAAGCUGGAACACACCUUUGGAGAAUCUCAACACCAUGAUCACUAUCCAGCAAGUGAAACCAUACACUAACAGCAACCAUGCUUCAAACCGUUCCCUUCCUUGUAAAGCUAAAGGAAAGAAAGGCUUGGUGGACAUCAUCUCAGCUGGUACAAGAGAAAUAUGGAACAAAAAGGUCCCAGGUACACAGAUGGAGAAACUCCAGAAAACUAUUGAAGAUAAAUAUGGUGUGAAAUUUGAUUCAUACUGGGAUUUCCAUGACUGGUCGAUCAAAAACUACCCUCAGUUUUGGGAGGAACUUUGGCACUUUUAUGGAGUAAUUCACUCUAAACCUUAUACAGUGCCAGCGAAGAGAAAGGUGAUGAAUAAUAGAUGUGGAAUGUUCCCGGGGCAGAGUGAACUAUGCGGAAAACAUACUUCGAUACAGAGAUGGACAAGUGCACUCAUAUUGUAG